AUGUGCCGGGUCAUAUGGCCCGUAACGUCCGAACGCCUUGAAUUCAUCCGCCGGGUACAGCACAUUGAUGCCGAUACACUUUACCCGCCAGCACAGCCUUUUGCAGAUGUCUUCACAGGACUGAGUGAGCUCAAGGACUACGAGUACGAAAUAAAACUCAAGCCCGGCACCGCAGGUAUCAUCGUACCGCCUCGAAGAGUCCCCGUGGGCCUGGAGGACAAGACUAGAGCGGAACUUCAGCGUAUGGAGGAUCAAGGCGUCAUAACAAAGAGGCUGAUGGAAAGGCAGAAGAGGACCCUGGUGCCCGUACCCGCAAGCCACCUGGUGCCGGAGAUAGUGCUCAACCGAGCCGUCCUUAACCGUCUCCAGGAAAUCCGCCAACGCCAGAGGAUCUACUACAAUCGCCGCUCCAGUAACCUGCCACCCUUGUCACCUGUCCAGAGGGUGACUACAUACGAUACCCACGAAAAGACCUGGACACCUGCGGCCAGCUGAGACGCCGCGCUCCGUGGUGGUCAAGACGCAAGAGGGCCAGGAAAUUAGACGCACUCACGAGCAUAUGCGAGACGCACCUACACAUCCCAAAGAGAGUCCCCGUGACGGGUCCGAACGACUACACGACGUCCAGCCCGCUCAAGAGCUACGUAGAAGCACAAGGCCACGCCGGGAGCUCUGCCGCUACCCACAACCAGAAAGACCAGUGUAAUUAUUUGCUUCCCUAAUAAAAGGGAGAUGUAGCAUGGCUGAGUCACUCUGACGUCACCCGCCAAUUCGUUAAAAUCACGUGACCUGCAACGUCACCAUUCUUGCCUAUAUCUACUUCGUUUCAACUACAAAAA